AUGUCCGACUACUCCGGCCCCGGCCUUUACGAAAUCAUCCCCCAACAUGCUCAGAAAAUGAGCGUCAAUGUCUGGGGCGGCGCAACAACCGCCGGCACCGAGGUCAAGCUAUAUGACCGAACCCCCACUGCCAAAAACACACACUUUGAAAUUGUGGCAGCAGGAGGCACUUCCGCAAAACCAGAGAUUGGAGACCGUGAAUACCACAUCAUCGCGGGCAACUCUGGGCUCUACCUUGCAUGCGACGUGCAGCUUCGCGCCCCUCUCGACGCCAGUAUCCGCUGGAAGCUAGCCCACGUUGGAAACGGAGCUUUCUGUGUCAAUGGCAAGAAACAGCUCAAUGUUCGUGGCGCGGGCAAGGAGAAUGGAACUGAGAUGAUCAUGUACGAUAUGUCGCCCAAGAGUGAGAAUGCGCAGUUCAUUCUCAAGGCUGUUGUUUGA